UUAGAUAAAAGAUAUAAGUAAGAAUGACAUUGUAAAAAAUCUAAUUGACUUGUUGGGUAAAAACGCAUCACCAGUUCUUUCCAGCAGACAAGCUUGAAAACAGUACAAUGUAUAAGUGAUGUGUUUGAUCUGAAAUUAUGUUAUAUUUUCAAAUUAUAAUGACAGUUGUUCGAAAAGUUUAAUUAAUCUGUCGUUAUAACAUGUAAUACUGCAAUACAUCUUUUUACUACAUUGCAAUUUCAAAAAAUAGGUUAUUGUGUAUGAUACAAGUAUUCAUCCAUUCUACGCUCAUACACUUUUUGCUUUCUUGUCGUUAAGAACUUCUGCAAGCGAUUUGCAAUCAAUACGCAAAGAUGACCGACGAAAUUAAUCUAACAUUAAAUGUGAUUGACCACAUUGAACAGUACUACAUACCGAUUUUCUUGUGUCUUUGUCUACUGGGCAACAGUCUAUCCGUGUAUGUGCUCUUUUUCACAAAGCUACGUUACAACUCAUCUAGCAUCUACUUGGGUACAUUUGCGAUGAGCGACAUUGCUGUGUUGAUGACUAUAUUCAUGAUAUGGUUCGAAUGGAGGAAUAUUAUAAAUUAUGAAAAUUGGUUGCGCAUUCUUUUGUUUGGUUUACGAUGGUUAUUUUGUUUCCUGAGUAUAUGGAUUGUAGUGGCCUUUACUGUUCAACGAUAUAUAGCGAUCAAGUGGCCGCUACUUCGUCGCUCCUUGUGCACAGUCAACCGAGCGAAAACCGUGAUGAUCGGAUUGGUGGGAUUAGCAGUUUUAUAUUCUAUCCCAUGGUUUAUAUUAAAGAGCAAAGAUUUUAAUGCUGAUAAAAAUAUAACAAAUUUGAAGAACUGGUGGAGGAUUUUUAUUAGCGUUAAUGCUAUUAUAACGUUGAUCUUACCAGUAACAAUAAUAGUGAUGUUUAAUACUCUAAUAAUUUACAUCAUUCGCAAGCAAAAUCGUAUCCAAAAAAAUUUGAUUUUAUGUUCCGCUGUUUCUGAUGACAAGACUCGAAGUACUGGCAAUGAAACGUCACACAUUAAGGUCACAAAAAUGCUUGUGAUCAUUUCAAGCGUAUUCAUAUGUUUGAAUGUACCUAUAAAAGUCUGUACACUUUGUAUCAACUAUGGCAUAUCAAAUAUGUAUAUUUCCAUAAUUUUUCCCAUCAGCACUUUUUUAUAUGUAAUAAAUUAUGGAAUAAACUUUGUUCUCUACUGCGCAACUGGGACGAAUUUUCGCAGAGAAUUAAUUCUCAUGUUUACGAAAUGUUCAGAUAGUAGAAAGAACGAAGAUACAGAAAUGAAAAAUUUUGAGAAGCAAUGCGAUUGAUAUUUUAUCAUCCAAUUGUUAUAAAAUGAUGAAACAUGACGAUUUAAAAUGUAUGCUUAAAUACACUUGGACAAAAGAAAUAAAACGCAUUUGUUAACAAUGCGAAGAUACAACAAUAGGAAGAUUUUUUGCAGUUUCGCAAUCGUUAUAUAUUCGGCUCUGCUCAACGUUUGGAGAGGCGCUCUAUUAUAUUAAACUGAUAAAAUUCGACAUUUUAUAUUGCACGACCUAAUACAAUGAUGCAAUAAACAGUAAAGUAAACGUUAAGUUACGUAACCAACUCCUGAUUUAUAUUGAAGUAAAGACGUAAAAAUACGUAAGCGGCCAUGAAAGUGUUAAAAAAUCCUAAAACUCUUGAUCACAAAAUCAUAAUGUAGUACAUAAAUAUAAUUAAGUAUAAAUAACUAAAUAAGCACGUUAAGAGUAUUAAAAGAUAUUAAAAGUAUCAAUAAAGAGGAUAUACGAUACAUCGACACAGUGCAUGGGAAGAAUUAUAAGAAUCACAAGUUUAUCAGUUCUGUAACUGAGAAAUUUAUAGGCGCUGUUGUUUGUGGCGGUGCUCCUGCCGGCCCAAUCGGGGCGCUACAGCAGCCAUA